UGGCGGCGGCGCGCGCGCUCUGAGGGCUAUGGCGGCCCCGCACGCAGAGAAGCUGGAGGGAGCGGUCCCGGCCCCGCCGGCCCCGCCGGGGCCCCCGCACCCCGCGGGCAGCGCUGCCGCCGGCGGGCCCGGCCGCAAGCAGGGGAAGGCAGGGCUGCAGAUGAAGAGCCCCGAGAAGAAGCGGCGCAAGUCCAACACGCAGGGCCCUGCCUACUCGCACCUCUCGGAGUUCGCCCCGCCGCCCACUCCCAUGGUGGACCACCUGGUGGCUUCCAAUCCCUUCGAGGAUGAUUUCGGGGCCCCCAAGGUGGGGGCGGCGCCCGCCCCCUUCCUGGGCAGCCCCGUCCCCUUCGGCGGUUUCCGCAUGCAGGGCGGGAUGUCGCCGCAGGUGCCCCCCGGUUACGGCGGGGGUCCCCAGCCCCUGCGGAGGCAGCCGCCGCCGUUCGCCCCCGGGCAGAUGGGCCCGGCCUUUAGCAUGCCCCCCCAGAAUCCAAACUACGUGCAGCCGGGGGGCUUGAGCUUCGCCGGGCAGCCCUUCAGCCAGCCCCUCGGACAGAACUUCAGCCCCCCUAUGGGGCAGCUCAUGCAGGGGCCCGUCGCGGGCUUCGGGCCCAUGAUGUCCCCCACUAUGGGGCAGCCCCCGCGGGGGGAAAUGGGACCCGGGCCAGCCCUCAACCCCCCCGGGGGGCCGGCGGUGGCUCAGCGCUUCAGCCAGCCCAGCAACCUCUUUGGACAAUCGCCCAUGCAGCGCCCCGGGCAGAACGUGCCGCCCCUGCCGCCCACAGCCAGUCCCUUCGCCGGGGCGGAUCCCGGCUUCCCCGGCGGCGGCGAGGAGGGGGGCAAGAACCCUCCCGCCAGCACCUUCGCCCAGGAGCAGCACUCGGGCUCCCCCGCCACCGUCAACGGGGCGCAGCCCGGCUUCGCCCCCAACAGCACCGGCCGCAGCGCCGGCACCCCCGAGAGCAACAGCCUCCCCCUGCCGCCCCCCGGCAAGGCCGGCAGCGCCUCAGGGCACCAGCCGCCGCCGGGGCUCGUGUACCCCUGCGGGGCCUGCCGCAACGAGGUGAACGACGACCAGGACGCCAUCCUGUGCGAGGCCUCCUGCCAGAAGUGGUUCCACCGAGAGUGCACGGGCAUGACCGAGAACGCCUACGGGCUGCUCACCACGGAGGCCUCUGCCGUCUGGGCCUGCGACUUCUGCCUCAAGACGAAGGAGAUCCAGUCGGUCUACAUCCGGGAGGGCAUGGGACAGCUGGUGACCGCCAACGACGGCUGAGCCACCGUUGGGCCGCCGUGUACAGCUUUCCCCCGCCGAUUUAGGACCAAACACCCGUUUUUUUGUAGCUGUCGCCCCCCCCCUGCCAGCCGGAGCGCCGCUGCCGUGCGCUGGCUGUGGCUGCUUGCCGGGCACCACCUGGCACCGGGACUUACCGGGGGAGCCGGGACGGUGCCGGCCGUGCCGGUGUCACGCCUUGGCUGCGUGGCUCCGGCCCCCGGUGCACCGGCUUGGUGAGGGCUGAGCCUUCCUGGUGUCCCUUUCCACAUUCACGGGGCAGUCACGCCUGCUCCGGUGCUCGGGACGGUCCCGGUACCCGCUCCCCCACCCCAGGUCCGUCCGUUUUAGCCGAUCGUUAAUGGAAAUUUUUUUGUACCGUCGUUAUAAAACUCUUAAACGCG